AAAUAGAAACUGUUGCCACCUAUCACUCGCUUCUAUCGUUUGCGGCGUGUGAUGAAACCCUAGUUAUUGUGUAGACAACAACCAAAGAGAGAUGUCGGAAGAAGCAGCUAACGUUGACGUCAAUCCAACGAAGACCAAGGACAUAAGGAACUAUCUCUGCCAGUACUGCGGAAUCAGCAGAUCGAAGAAGUAUCUAAUCACUUCACACAUCGAAUCUCAUCAUAAGAUGGAAGUUGAAGAGGAAAGAAAUGAGGAAGCUUGUGAGGAUGAAGAAGAGAUCUCUGGUAAACACACUUGUAAUGAAUGUGGUGCUGAGUUUAAGAAACCUGCUCACUUGAAGCAGCAUAUGCAAAGCCACUCUCUUGAGAGACCUUUUACCUGCUAUGUGGAUGAUUGUACUGCGAGUUACAGGAGAAAAGAUCAUCUCAAUAGACAUCUUCUUACCCAUAAAGGGAAGCUGUUCAAGUGUCCAGUGGAGAAUUGCAAGAGUGAAUUCUCAAUACAUGGCAAUAUCAGUAAGCAUGUUAAGAAGUUUCAUACUGACGGCGAUAGUAACAAGGAUGAUACUGGUAGUGGAGAUUCUCAACCCUCGGAAUGUUCUUCUGGUCAGAAGAAGCUUGUCUGCAAAGAAGUUGGUUGUGGAAAGGCCUUCAAGUAUCCUUCACAGCUGCAGAAGCAUGAGGAUUCUCAUGUGAAAUUGGACUCUGUGGAGGCUUUUUGUUCAGAGAUUGGGUGUAUGAAGUACUUUACAAACGAGGAAUGUCUAAAGGCACACAUAAGAUCUUCCCACCAGCACGUCAACUGUGAGAUAUGUGGUUCUAAGCAUUUGAAGAAAAACAUUAAAAGACAUCUAAAGACUCAUGACGAAGAUUCAUCAUCACCAGGAGAGUUCAAGUGUGAAGUUGAGGGUUGCUCUUCCACAUUCUCAAAGCCUUCUAAUCUUCAGAAACAUUUGAAAGCAGUGCACGAGGAUAUCAGACCCUUUGUAUGUGGCUUUCCAGGUUGUGGCAUGAGAUUUGCUUACAAACACGUCAGAAACAACCACGAGAACUCUGGGUCCCACGUAUAUACCUGCGGUGAUUUUGUUGAAGCCGAUGAAGAUUUCACCUCGAGACCAAGAGGUGGACUAAAGAGAAAGCAAGUUACAGCGGAAAUGCUUGUAAGGAAGAGGGUCAUGCCUCCUCAGUUUGAUUCGGAAGAACACGAGACUUGCUAGUUUUUACGAGUAUUGAAGUCACUAGGCAUCAGAUGGUUUCAUUAUGUGUAGAGUCUGUUUGUUUGUUUUUGUUACGGUAGAAGAAAAUAGAUAACAGCAGUAGUAAUAGUAAAAAUGUAAUAUUCUCUUAACCCAACCUUGAAGAGCUUAUAUUCUCUCAUUACAAUAGUUGGUACGAUUUCUUCUUAA